UUGACUUUCUUUUGACAAUUGACAUGUUUACUUCUAUUUUUUUUAAACUGUUAUUGAUUGAUCUCAAUUCUCAAUCUGUAUUAUAUGAAAAUGUCGCUCAGUGAACGUGUUCAGGAGGAAUUGGAAGCUCUGGAAGCUAUUUUUAUGGAUGAUAUCUCCAUAACUUAUGAUGAGAAAAGUCGCCCAGUACUAGUCAAAACUACGAUAUUUCCUUCUACUGCUAAUGAAAUAGAUAAACAGUAUGUGUGUGUUACCCUUGAAGUUCGCCUUCCCGAAGAUUACCCUGAUCGCGAACCUUCUGUUCAACUGAGAAAUCCUCGUGGAUUGGAUGAUUCCACAAUAAAUAAUUUGUAUAAAUCGAUAAAAGAGAAGUGCACUGAAUUCAUUGGUCAAGCUGUAAUGUAUGAGUUGAUAGAGUUGAUUAGAGAAAGUCUUACAGAAAGUAACUUGCCAACUUGUCAGUGUGCUGUAUGUUUAUAUGGUUUCUCAGACGGAGAUAGCUUUACCAAGACACAGUGUUAUCAUUAUUUUCAUUCUUAUUGUCUAGCAAAUCAUCUGAUCACAACUAAAAGACAUUUUCAAGAAGAACAAGAUAAAUUACCAGCUUGGCAAAAGUCUACCAAAGGAUAUCAGGCAACUUGCCCUGUUUGCCGGGAAUCUAUAAACUGUGAUGUCAAAGAGCUUCGAUUAGCUCUUCCACCAAAAGAUUUAGAAAAUGCUCAAAAUUUCCAAGUUACCAGAGAGUUGAUGGAAUUACAAGAGAAUAUGAGACAACUAUUCAUAUACCAGAAGAAGAAGGGAGGUAUAAUUGACAUUGAGGCUGAGGAAAAUAAAUUGCUGCUUAUCACUGAAUCCAGUGAAGAUACAUCUGA